AACCGAUGGUGGUCUGAUCGAGAGCAGCGGUCAUGGACAUCGAGGACACCACGGCCCUGGGCCAGCUCUUUCAGCAGAUCAUCACAGAUAUGAAGAAUGGGGCCCCACUGUGGGAAGACUUUGUCAGCAAAGCGAGCAAACUGCAUUCAUGCUUACGGGCAACUCAGCAAGCGAUAGGAGUUUAUCUGGAGGCGUUUCAGAAAAUCGCAGAUGCGGCCACAAAUUCCAAAGGGGCGACCAAAGAUAUUGGUGCCGCUCUAACGAGAAUAUGUUUGCGACAGCGAGCAGUGGAGAGCAGAGUAAAAACGUUUACAAGUGCUAUUAUGGAUUGCCUUGUGAAUCCUUUGCAAGACAGGCUCGAGGAUUGGAAGAAGGCCACAAUAAAUUUGGACAAAGAGCACAGCAAAGAAACGAAACGAGCCCGAUCGGAGCUGAAGAAGCGUUCCACUGACACUCUUCGAAUGCAAAAGAAAGCUCGCAAAGGACUGACCAGCACGUCAUCCUCGUCGUCUUUGGCGCAAGGACUGACGGCCAACAUGGACCCUUUGGACUCUCAGCAGCGACUUCUACAGUCUGGCAUACAGCAGCUGGGCGAGUGUGAGGGCAAAUCUGUCAGAGCCGCACUGACUGAGGGCAGAGGUCGAUUCUGCAUAUUUGUCACGUUGCUGAGACCAGUGCUGGAACAAGAGGUGGCUAUUUUCUGGGAGCUGAGUCACGUGCAGGAGGCACUCGAUGAACUGAACAAGGCCAUCGGAGAUCCGAAAACCUUGCCCGACACAAUUGAGCAAGCGCUGCAAGAACUGACCAACGUGACUGCCACUCAAGAGGCAGCCUGGGUGAAUGCCACGAACACUGCCAACCGUGACUCUUCCCCUCCAAGCAGCAUGGGGUCGAGGAAAUCGUCUGUGGGCUCUGCCGCCUCCCUUCAGAGUCUGAGCAGCCACAGCGGAGGUGGAACAGCUAGUCAGAAUGUUUGGCCUCCCAGGUCAAACACAUUGAGCAAGCUUUCGAGACCUCCUGCAUGGUUACGUGCUGUGUCUCAAGACUCUGGAUUCGUCUCGUCGCAAGAUAGACUUUUCCCAUUCUAUCAUGGCCAAAAGGGCAAUGAAGCGACAAAUGGAGAUGGUUCCAACUGCAGCACGCCAACCACAAGUGGUGGCAUUAUGGAAGAGCUAUCUGUUCCUGACUGCAAGGAACCUGGUGCCAACAGUCAGCCGGGAUCGUGGCCAAAUCUUCAAGAGACUUUGCAAUUUGAGCGGGCGGCCAGUGCUAUCAUGGCCGACCAGCAGAGCCAGCAGCAACCCGGCCCACCAAGUGCAGCUCAGCAGGGCCAGCGACGGCCCCACACCAUAUCAGCUGCUUAUGGCCAGUCGCAGUCACGACCUCCCUUAGGUUCCUACCACUUCUCGCCGCCACCCUCCAGUCCAGCACCUGACGGACAGAAUCCAAAUGCACGGCCUCCGUCAGGUCCUGGCGCAAAUGGGAGACCUGCUGUGCCUAAGCGGUGCUCUUCUCUUGAAAGACCGGAGAGACCUUCUGUCUUAGUUCCAAAACCUGCUCACUUUCGCAUUGAUGCGAUAUAUGAUCAAGAAACUCCUACAAAUGAGGUCAUAGCCUGCCCCGUCUACGUCAACAUGCACGAACUUGCCAAUUUAGCUGCCAACAAGACGACUGAAAGAUCUGGUGCCACUGCUUCUGAAAAUAAAGACCAAGAAAAUAGUAGCGAGAGUUCACAUGAAUCCAGUAGCGGAUAUGGUAGCCAAACCAUGCCUCUGCAUGGUGCUCAUGAAGAUCUUCCACAUCCUGAUGUUCAAAACGAUGAUUUGAUUGAUUCGCUCCCAUUGCCUCCAUCGCCACUCUCGAUCAGAACAAUUCGCCAACUGCACAGACCUAUGUCCUACUCAGGCUACCCUCCGCACGGUGGCCACACAGGCUCUUUCCGGCUGCCGCGCCGAGGCAGUACAAGCACACCGCCAGCCCCGCCGAUCCGCAGAACCUCAUCUAUAUCGACGGUGAACAAGAUGCCACUGGGCGGAGAUGAUCUCCCGCCACCGCCAUCUCCGUCAUUCCUGCACCAGCAAAAUCAGCAGAACCUCUACGGCAACAUCGCCGAGAUACGCGGUUACGUAGAGAUGCAGCACAUGCCUAGUCAGAGCCGACGGCCACCGACCUCAGAGGAGAUCUACCGCACCUCCACAGUGGCUGACACGGUGCGCACGCUGAGCCAGCAGCCCGCCUGGAAGCCUGGCGAGGAGAUCUACAAACCAGUGGCGGACGCUAUGCGACGACAAUAUCAGGACGCCAAGGGCAACGUAGCCGACACUGUGCGCACCCUGACCGAGCUCCGGCAUCAGCCUGCCAGCCCUAUUCAGACCAGGAAGAACGUCAGGAUCUCCAACGAGAACCUGCAUCUUUUGGAGGACGAAGUUUACUGUAGCAGCAGAAGUCCGGCUACAACCAGAAAGAUGUAUCCAGAGCAUCAGCUGAUGGCCAACUUUAGUCCAAGCACCAGUCGCAAGCUGUAUGAACAACAGCAGCUGCAGCUGCAGCAACAGCAGGCGCAGUACAAGGUAAGCCGGAACCCUGAGUACGAAGAUCCGUCCAAGCUGCGGAUGAUCCAGCAAAUGAAGAUCAACAAGCUCAAGCAGGAGAAAAUGGGCAUGGCGGGGCCGCAACAACAGCAACUGCAACAAAUGGCGCCGCCGCAGCAAAUGAUGCGGCGCUAUUCAGAGGAGGAAAACAGAGAGCCGCCGCAGCAGACCUUCUUGCUGCAAAGUCUGACAAGCAAGCUGUCGCAGAUGCAGAAGAACAACAAAGCCCUGCGGGUUCGAACGCUGAUCGCCAGCAGGACGGUCAAAGACCCCACGUUGGUGCACGACAGCCUGAUGGACCAGAUAAAACGCGGCACCCGCCUACGCACCACACCCACUGACGAUGGCCCCCGCUUCGCCUGAGCAGCAAUAAUAAUUACUCUCAAUCAAAAUUAACGCAGCCACUCCAGAAUAUCAACAGACAGUGUUCUCUGAAAUUCACUAAUUGUGCCCAUUUCUUAAAUGCCGAGGUCGGGUCAAGGUGACGGGGUAGAGUUAGAUUAAAUGUUGUUUUACAGGACAAUAAUAUCCCUGUAUGAGGAAGGUUUCCUACUUACACAAAAACUGUUCUUUGGUGUUGCCUUGCCACUGGGAGUCACCUUGAUUUUAUGGCCCAAUGCCAUGAGAUGAUUGAAUAAUAAUUGUCGUGGGGAAAUACUCUGUACCACAAAUAAGUUAAUGUUGUUUCCAAUUGGAUGUCAGCCUCCUUUCUUUCUGCUUCCCUGCUUGAUCACUCUCAUGUUCAGCUCAUUUUCCAUUUCUCCAAUUUGGUAGUCCCCUCCUCAAUUUGAGUUUGCCUGGAGUCACCGAUUCCUAAAUUUGGGAUUGUUUCAAAUGGUCUAAAACAAAUUAAAUUUCUACCUAGAAAAGAGGGUUACUGCAAAAUCAAGGGAAUAUUGUUUUUUCCAUCUGAUUCCACUUUUGUGUUUAUUGCACAAAAUCGCUGAUUUGUAUUUCGAGUUUAGGCAACACAAUAUGUUAUGGUUUUAUAGUUGGAACUGAUUAGCGAGCUCCAAAUCCGCUACGUACAAACAAUUUUUUAUAAUUGGCCUCUGAAAUUUGCAUUUGUUGAUUUAAGUCGUUGACUUAUUCCAGAUUAUUAACUAGCUUUCCGUUCUGCUAUGCAAUAAUUAUUGACUUUUUUUGGUAGAAUCGCCGAAAGGGAAAGCACGCAGAAAAAGCUUAAGUCGAAAUAGGGAGGCUCAAAAAAUCGCCUUUAAUUGAUUUUCAAUCACAUUAAGUCUGACGAGGACCUGUUUAAUUCGUAAGAUUAAAAAGCACUAGGGUAAUUGAUCGAGAGAAGCUUUUAGCAAACACUAGAACCACACAACUCACUUCCACUGGCAGCAGAAAACUACUUUGAAGACGGCGCUGUUUCCGUACACCGGAAGCUAAAUUCUCAGGAUUGAUCUUAACGCAACCCCAAUUAGACCCCCAACAUAAUCACAUUGUCUAUGUAGUACUAUGGUGUAUAUUAUGCGCAAACAAGACUUAAAAAGUAGAAUCUAAAACUCACUCAAAGAUGUUUAUCAUUCUGUACACACGUGACGCAAGUCAAUUAUUUGGAUCUAUUAUCCCCCAUCCCCCUUUGCUAGUGUUUUGCCCCUUUUGAUUAUAGCAGUGAUGAUUAUCGCUGCUACGCUCUCUCUUAUGUACAAGACUGGAGAACUUAUAUAUCUCUGAUUUUUGUAUCCUCAUACUUAAGACACGCAUAUGAAGAAACACAGUGAAAAUGUAAACCACGUAUAGCGACACACACGUAAACAGAAACUUCUAAAUCCGAGUUUUUGUGCUUUGCGUAGUAGAGGAUUUUGUACGACAACUGAAUAUGAUGCAAUUAUUUUUCUUAUUCCAUCCUACUGAUAAUGAUGUUGCACUUUUUGAGCAUAUUUUUAAAAUGUAAAGAAGAGAUGAAAAAGCCACGGAAUCGUACACUUAGCCAGUUAGCGAAUAUUAUCUGAAGAAAAAUCCACUACACCGUACGAGUAGAUUGUAAGCAAACUACUUUCCUCUCACUGUAAUUGUAUCGUGGUGUGCUGCUGAAGACUCGUCGAGUCCACCUCUAUAAUAUAUGUGUGCAUAUCACUCACUCACUCCCUCAUCUUACAUACACACAAUAUUAUACACUACUCAUCCGUCAUAUUCGAUAUGAGAGACGUUAACCGAUUACUAUACUCUGUGUAAAUACAAAGCACAAGACGUGUACCUUAGGCAGGAGUAGUGGCAGCCCCCCUUUUGAUAAUUGUGUGUGCAUGUGGUGUCCCGACUCUUUUUUAUCGUUCGCCGGGUGACUGAGCAAAGUUGAGCAACAAAAACGCUACUUGCAAGAAUAAAAUACAACUUGUUGUGAUGCCCCCCCCCCUUUUCAGUUCCUUAUGUUCCACUCUAGGGUUAAUCACUUCCCUUAAUUUAUUACAUCUUAACUGUAGCGCGGAAAACGAAUAUGUGAUUUGUCGUAGUUAUAUCAUUUCUCUACUUAUCUCCAAGAUUAAGUUCAAUAAACGAGUGCUUCACUGAAUAUGUUCGCCUUUUUAUUUGCAGUCAUACAUUUAAGUUUUCUAUUUAGAACUUUUCGUGUCCGUGCAUCGACACAGGAUGAAAUCACUUCUUCCUUGCCAUCGUUCACAAUUUACUGGAAUUUGUCAAAAGUUUGACUUUUGCAACUCUUGCUUUCACGCUAUUACAUUGGAAACAUACACAUUCGACGAUCACCGAUAACUCGGAAAAUAAAUCUAUGAAGUUGUAUUGUCAGCUCAUUAUGAAUUGAUCUGAAAUUUCUCGUCAAUGUUCGUGUCAGUUCUUUUAAAAUGCUAAAAUCGGGUCUUAUCAUCUACCAGGGGGAAUUA